AUGAGUAACAUUAAAUUAAGAAUCGUAGUUGGCUGCGACCAAGCAGGUUACGAAUACAAGGAACAAAUCAAAAAAGAUCUUGAAUCUAAUACGAAUGUUGAAAAAGUUAUUGAUGUAGGCGUUGACUCCAAUGGUAGCAAAACUGCUUAUCCUUUGAUUGGUAUUGAUGCUGCGGAAAAAAUUGCCAAAGGUGAAGCUCACCGAGCCAUCUUAAUUUGCGGUACUGGUUUAGGUGUUGCCAUUUCUGCUAACAAAGUCAAGGGUAUUAGAGCCGUCACUGCUCACGAUUCAUUCAGCGUUGAAAGAAGCAUAUUAAGCAACAAUUGUCAAGUUUUAUGUAUGGGUCAAAGAGUUAUUGGUUUAGAACUUGCCAGAAGAUUGGUUAAAGAGUGGUUGACUUAUGCGUUUGAUCAGACUAGUGCUUCUGCUAAGAAAGUUACUGCGAUCGAAAAUUAUGAAGGUUGUGCUUAA